AUUAAUCGAUAUUUUGUGCACCCUAAUCCGGCAGUUGGGUUCGGAGUCGCAUUUUCUUUGUGCAGUGUUCCGGUCAAGAAGUGUUCUUUUGUCUCCCGAGAGUGGAGCUCCCAAAAAAGGUGGCCCCAUCACAAAUACCCCGCAUUUGAGCGUCCGCGUGCAAUGAGAACGACUCUGAGUUGGUGGACGCAGUGAGAGGGUUUGUGCUUUAGUGCAAAAAGUUCGGGGAAUUGUCCUUUGUUGGAUGAUGGUUGAAUGACCCAGCCAAAUGCGAGGUAAAACCGGAUCCGGAGCAAGUCUCUGAUGCGGUCUCCUGGAACUUCUUGAGCUACGCCACAGGUUCAUCAGCCUCCCGCGGGUGCCACGGAUUGGGGAUCACGCAAAAAUUUGUGAUGUGUUUGAGGUUAUGGGUGUGACGCCUGUCAGAGGAAAAAAAGCAUCCGGAAACAGUUUGCCCAAGGAUUCUGAGCUGCCCAACUCGAUUUUUGUGUAAAUUGAGACAUCCCCAAUCUCUGUAUGUGUGGAAUUUACUCUCUGGACUUGUGGAUUAUGUGUAAAUUGGAAACAGUUGUAUGAAGAAAUUUGGUGCACUUUUGUUAUUUCCGGAGUGUGCAAAAGAAGUCUCUGCGCCGAAGAGAGGCUCAUUGUCGUGUUAGCAGCUCUAGCGGAAGGGAGUCACAGUGUAGACAAAUAUAAGGACGAGCCCGUGGAAGUAAUUUAAUUAGAACAGAGGAUUUUUGUGUUUAGGAAUGUAGAAGAAAGUAAAUGUUUUUAUUUAUUCCAAGAUAAUUUGUGUUUCGAAGAAUCCCAUCGAUUUUCACGAUUUCCUCACAGCAGUGUUUUGUGCCCUAGAGAAAUUGUGCUAAAUUCCCAGGAAACAGUCAUCCUCCCGGGAAAAAGGCGCUAAUAAAAAGAAAAUAUUCUCAAAUAAAUUUUAUCGGAAAGUGAGUGUAAAGUGUCUGCAGUGUACUGUAGACAAGGCGCAGGGCUUCACUUCCGGGGGGAAUCACGUUUUACACGGAGAUUGGGUUUCUUUCUUUCGACUGCCUGAGACGUCCAUGGAAGUAUUCUGAUGGCGGCCGUUGGUGGCCCCACAAGGCAGUCGCGGGUCUCCAUGAGUGUCUCGAUGUCACUGGUACAGGGAGGAGCGGCAGGAGCACCCCAGGGAGCUAUUCUAGCCGCUGCAGCUCCAUACUAUCAACCCCCAGCUGUGCCGCAGGACGUUCAGCCCGACAGACCCAUUGGAUAUGGAGCUUUUGGCGUUGUCUGGGCCGUUACAGAUCCAAGAGAUGGACGACGAGUUGCUCUGAAGAAGCUACCGAAUGUCUUUCAAUCGCUGGUUUCAUCCAAACGUGUUUUUCGGGAGCUCAAGAUGCUAUGCUUCUUUAAACAUGAAAAUGUUCUCUCGGCGCUGGACAUUCUACAACCACCUCAUUUGGAUUUUUUCCAAGAAAUUUAUGUGAUAACUGAACUCCUGCAGUCUGACCUCCACAAGAUCAUAGUGUCUCCUCAGCAUCUCUCUGCGGACCACAUAAAGGUGUUCCUGUACCAAAUUCUGCGUGGCCUCAAAUACCUCCAUUCGGCGCGCAUCCUCCAUCGUGACAUAAAGCCGGGCAAUUUGCUUGUGAAUAGCAAUUGUGUCCUCAAAAUUUGUGACUUUGGUCUGGCGCGCGUCGAGGAGCCAGACCAGAGCAAACACAUGACACAGGAAGUUGUUACGCAGUACUACAGGGCACCAGAAAUCCUCAUGGGGGCCCGUCACUACUCUGCUGCCGUGGACGUCUGGUCAGUUGGAUGUAUAUUUGGCGAAUUGCUUGGACGUCGAAUUCUCUUCCAAGCACAGAGUCCCGUUCAACAGCUUGAGCUGAUUACGGAACUUCUGGGGACUCCAUCGAUGGAGGAUAUGCGGCAUGCGUGUGAAGGAGCACGAUGUCAUAUGUUGAGGAGGGCGGCAAAACCACCCACUCUGUCUGCGCUCUACAGGCUUAGUACACACGCGACUCAUGAGGCUGUUCAUCUACUAUGUCAGAUGUUGGUCUUUGAUCCGGACAAGAGGAUAUCGGUGAUUGAUGCCCUAGCACAUCCCUAUUUAGAUGAAGGGCGCCUUCGGUAUCAUUCAUGUAUGUGCAAAUGCUGCUUUACAACUUCAGCAGGAAUGCGCCAGUAUAUCGUUGAUUUUGAACCAUCUGCCACUCAACCCUUUGAUGAUCUCUGGGAACGAAAACUCACAUCAGUGCAACAGGUUAAAGAGGAAAUGCACAAAUUUAUAGCUGAACAACUUCAAACCGGACGAGUUCCUCUUUGCAUAAAUCCUCAAAGUGCGGCAUUCAAGAGCUUCGCCAGUUCUACUGUGGCUCAUCCAUCGGAACUUCCACCGUCUCCUCAUCAAUGGGAAUGACAUAACAAUGAAGCAAUUGCUGCCUAAAGUUCAUCCCUCUUUCAAUGUAACUUUCAAUUGACUGAGAGAGGAUCUGAAAUGUGGAAAUUCCAUUUCAAGGAUAUUGAGGACAUCCCAGGAUUAUUGCCAAAUGGACACUAUACCUUUCCUCACGUGAGACCACACAAUCUUUCUAUUCUCCAUUCAAAUCUUCAUCAAUUGAUUUUUAUUCUUUGAAAUUUAUUUUUUUACUUUUAUAACAAUACUUUCAAUCUAAUAGUAGAUGAGAUUUUGAUAGAAUUUUAAAUCAAAUGAAAAUCUCUGUGAGUUUUUCCACAUAAAAAAUAAUUACAGACAUGACUCAAUCUUUAUCUUAAAAAAAUUAAUGAUUGAUGCUGAAUUGCAACUAGAUAGAGGUUUCAACUGAGAAUCCCAAAGUUAUAUCAAAACAGCUUAAAAAAUUAAUUAUGAUAACCACAAUUUAAACAAAUAAAUAAAACUUUAUAAAUUGUGGUUAUAUUUCUUGUGGCAGCUUUUUUGAUUUUGAUUUUAAUUAUUAAUUUCUGCCAAUUAUCAAACAUGAAAAAAAGCAAUUGAUGUAGCGUUUCGACAACAGAGAAAUUUGUAUAAAAUAUUGUGAUAUAUAAUAUUGAAGACGGUGUGUUUGCAACAAUUUUCUCUGGUUUUUUAUUAUUAUUAAUGAACGAGACAAUUCACGAAUAUUGGCUGAAAAAAAUAAAUGGAGAACAAAAAAAAAAGAAUGUAUUGUAUUGCAUUUUAGAAGCAAAUUAAUUAAUAAAUGUUAGCGAGAGAAAUCCUCAUUAUUGAGAGACCAAAUAAAAAAAACAUGUUAAUGCUUCAAUCUGUAGGGGAGGGCGGGGCUAAUAAAGUCACUUAAGGGUAUAGAAAAAGCUCAAAAUAUCAUAUUUCCCAAACAGAUAAAGUGAAAUGCAUAGCUCAAUUCUUUAGGAUAUUUCUUGUCCUACAACUCUUUCUCAGAUCAUUUUGUUCUAUCUAGCUAAGAAAUAUGAUAUUUAAGACUUUUUCCAAACCCUUAAGUGACUUUAUUAACCCCGCUCUCCCCUAGAGUGAAUUAUUCUCAAGGAAUAUCCCUCACGUCGGUGGGUUUAUAUUCAAAUUGGAAGAAGAUGAAGAAAGGAAAAAAAAAUAUUAACUGGCAAUAUAAAUAAUUAAAAUUAGAAUUCCCGUAUAUUGUUGAUAUAUAUGGAUUAACAUGAAAAUAUUGAUAUCUGUAUUUCGUAAAAUUUAUCAAUCACAAAACAUAUUAAGUGUAUGCUAGAGAUUGCAUAUUAAAUGAAAAUGAACAUUUUAUAGAGAAUAUUCACAUGAUAAUACUUAUUUAUCGCAUGAUAAUAUUUAAAAGAAUAAAAGCAAGUCAAAGAAAAAGGAAAGAAAAUAGAUUUAAAUGUCACCCAAAAAAGAGAACAGUUUGAAACUUUCAUAAUAAAAGACACUGCCUAAUUGUUAGACCUCAGAGAUAUGAAGUAAUGAAAGCCAAUGAAGCUAAAUUAUUAAAUUUGGUGAGGACGUUUUUCAAUUACUGCAAUUUUUAAAGAAAAAACUACCGACAAAUGUUUCUUUUUGGAUUUACUUUUGGUACAUUUUUUAUUCAAUACGGGUAUAUAAAAGAAAAUUUUCUUACAGACUCACACUAGUGUCAAAUUUUAUGUUUUUUUCUUCUCUAGAAUUUGUUAGAAAUUUGAAGAAUUUUUUCAACGCCUAAUCCAAUAAUUCUACGAAACAGAUUAAUAUUCUAUUGCUGCAGAUUAUGUUGUUGGAACAAGUUUUAAAAAUCUUCAUUUUUUUUUUAAAGUAAAAUUGAAAAACAAAUCUCGCUUUGUGGCGAAGGUACAAGAGAAGUAAUUUGUUUGAGUAAUUUGCAAUGAGAACAAAAAAAGAAAGAAAACAAACAAAACUAUAAUCAAUAUUAUUAUUAUACAAGAAAAGUAAUAAUAUUAAUGGGUAGUGUAUAAUGUUUAUCUUAUAUCUCGUACCUAAAUAAAUAAAUAGCGUGUCUUAUCAAAUUAAUUUAGAGACAACUGAAAAAAGAAAAAAAUGUAAAUGAAAAUCAUAACGAAAAAUUUUGCAAAGGAUACAGUUAUAGCCAGGAAGAAGCUUCUCUUGCUGUUUCUUGUAUCCUUUUUUGCUCUUUUAAAAGAAACAAGAAAAACUAAAUUGAAGUCUCAAAAUAAAAAUCUCGAAAUCUAAAGAGGAAUUUCGUAGAGAAACUUCAAAAAAUAUAGAAUGCAAACAAAUCCAUUUUUUCCGUGGUAAAUGUUACUCUGUGUUAUGUGAAUUUUGGAAAAUCCACUCAGGCAGGUCCUGCACGACUUUUUUGCGUAAAAAUAAUGUAAUUAUUAUAAAAAGAAAAUAAUGUUCUCCUCAGUAGACAAAACUUGAAAAAAAAAGAGAAAAAGAAUAAAAUGACUGAUAAAUUGUUAAUUGACUCGAUAUAAAAAAGAGAGAAUUUUUUCUUUGUGUUUUAGAGACAAUGACUAAGAAGUGAGAAAAAUCACAUUGAGGGAUGAUGCAAAAAAAAACAAGAAAAAUUUCGAGGGACGAUGGAUGGUAGACAAAAGAAUGUGGGUGAAACAAUAAAACGAAAAAGAACUGAUAAGUUUAGACUUAACAUAAAAAAAAAGAGAGAAAGAGAGCGAUUUGAGAGAUAAACGAAGAUAUAUUUUAGAUGUAGAUGAGUAUAGAAUUACAAUCUGUGUAAAUAAUAGGGUCCACAAUUUUAGGUUUUUUUUAUAGUGUCCUUUUUUCCUAAUUUAGGCUUUUUUUAUAUUUUGAAUGAUGUGAAUGGAAAUUUCAGUAGAAAAAUAUAUAUAUUUUAUUUCCUGGUAGAAUUAAUAAAUAUCCUUUUCACGCGCUUUAUAACACAAUUUCACGUAGAGAAUGAUGAAGCAUGUAUUCAUCGACUUUGUCAAAUCUUUCAUAAAGAUCUCACUUGGAUAAACUUAAGGAAUCAACAGGACUGCUUCUUAAAUCCUACUUGGUAGUUCAUUUAUAUAAAAAUUUACGUAGAUUUUUUUUCGUCAUUUAUUUAGUUAGUUUCGAUUUGGAUUUCAUGCUGAUCAUCCCUUUUAUGAUUAACUUGAGUCCUUUAGUUUGAUAUUACAAACUACUACGGCUUACUUUAUGAUCUUGAAUCGUAAGCUAUAAUGUAAGUCUCUUAGUUUGUGCUAUUAUAUUUUAGUAAUAUUUUUUCUCAAAUCACCUUUCCUCCAAUAGAUUUAUUUUAUAUAAAUUUCCUUCAAUGUAAAUAUUAUGGUUUGUUUAAAAUACAUUACAUACUUUCACACAAAAAAUAUUCUUAUAACUGCCAUUAUUUCAAUAUAUUAGGAAAAUAUAUUCUCAAUUUGAUCAUCAAUUUGAUCAGAAAACUAUAUUUUUUUGAAAUAUUUCCAAUCUUCUAUCACGUUUCCUUUCAAUGUUUCUAAACCAGUUUUUAUAAUGUUUUAGUGAAAAAUUUUCUAUGAAAUUAAAUAUAUGUUGGCUGAUAAAGCAAUGAGUUUUUUUUAGUUGUUCAUAAAGGAGUAUAUGCGUUUCAUAUGGGGUAAAUUCUCAUACAAGGAAGCAAUUGAGACACCCGUAAUGUUUUAGAAGAUCAAAAAAGAAUAAGAAAUCGCCUAGGGGAAUUACCAUUUUCAACUGGAAUCAGUUGGAACAAGUGAGUAAAAAUUUGCUCAAAAAUACAAAGAAUGACGUCAUUUUUGUGUUUUUUUUUUGUCUCUUUGAAUCCACAAAAUAUUAACGCUAAUGCUUUGAUCAUUUUUGACAAAGUAUUUUUUUAUGCUUCAUGCAUUGAAGGGGACAAGAAAAACAUUCUCAUGACGUCACUUUAUAUAAUUUUUGAGCAAAUUUUUAACGGAUUCUUCUAUUUGAUCCCUGUGGAAAAUGAAAAAUUUCUUUGGCAAUUUCUUUUUUUUUUGUAAUCCUGUACACGAUUACGCGUGUCCUGAUUAUUUCAUCAUAAGUUUUUAUUUUCAUAUAGAAACGAAUAAAUUCCUUUAACCAAAAAGAACUUUUCACAACAAAAUCGAUAAUUAGACCAUGAAAUAUUAAAUUUCGUUUUUUUUUGUCACCAACUAAAACAAAAAAGAGAAAACUUUUACAUUAAACGUGUUUUCAACUGAAAUAUUUUAUUCAUUUGCUUGUCAGCUUUCCUAGAAAAGGUACUUAAUAAAAAUCCAAUUCCAUAAAACAUUCUUUUCCAUUUUUUUUCCGUAGAAUUUUUCACACAAAAUACUUUUUUUCCUGCCAAUAUGUCUCUUUGGAGGAGAUUUUCGAUGCCAGUGCAUGGGGAAGGGUUGAAAAUUUAGGGAAUGAGGUGCACAAUGUAUUUUUUGUGUAUGUUCUUCUUCUUUUUUCUGUGAAACAGUAUUACGGGGGGUCAGUUUUGUGUAUAAAAAAAUGGGGAAUCCUUCCCAAAUGAACACGCUGUAUAGAUAGAAUUUAUAAUUUUAGUCAGUUUAUUUUUUUUAAUUAGAAUUUUCUAAAUUCUUUGUGUGCAACUGUGUGUAUAUAAAUAAAAGAAAUAUAUUUCGUCAAAAAAAAUGCAUCUCUUUGCAGAGAUUUGACAAGCCACCACAUUGAUUUCUCUAUUAAACACAUAUUAUUUUGGUAUAAAUAUAUAGGAAUUUAGUGAGGGAGCAUUUGGGAGCAUAUAGUUGGUGUGAAAUGGUAGAAAAGUCUAUUUUUGUGACCAAUAGAGAAAAAAAAGAGGAGACGUAAGAAAUUCUAGGUGUUGGAGAGUUAAAAAAAAAGAGGAAAUUAUGGAAAAUUAAAUAUGUAAUUGAAUGCCAAAAAGGGCAUUUUCACAAUUUAAUUUGCUGUGUAAUAAAUCUCUGUAAUUUUUUCCAUCCCUCCCAGUACAAUAUAUUUUUGUAUAUGAAAUUCGCAAAAUGUAUGAGAAACAAAAAAAAGAUGUAGUGGAGUUUUAAAAGGUAUAUAUACAUAUAUAAGUCUCUAUAAAAUAAACCUUGCACAUAUAGAAAAUUUAUUUUUUUUAUUUCAAUGAAGAUUUUCUCUAAUUUCUCUUAUAUAGCAUUUUUUUUAUAAACAAUUUUUUUACGCUUAUGUAGUGAAAAUUAAAGGUGUUUGUGAAGUUUGAGAAUUGUAGGAAAGGAAGAAAAUCGCCCAGGGGUAGGCUUUUCGACGGAAACACUCAUUCAAAUUCAAAAAUAUGAUAACAAUCUUAACUGUAAAUAUAGGAUUCAUUAAUUGAAUUUCUUAAUCCAGAUGAAGCAUUUAAUUGUUAAUACAUGGCUAAAUAAGUAAAUAGAACACGUAAAUAUUAUAGAGAGGCAAAAAAAUAAGAAAAAAUGAAUAAAAUGACGUAACGAGGGAGAAGUAUAUAUGAGACAAAAAAAGUUGUGUAAUGCAUACCUGUGCUGCAUAAGAAAAAAAAGAAAAACA